CGUCCAUGUUUGGGAGAAACUCAGAAUGAACACCGCUUUAAAGCACUGGAGAGAGGCGGCAACUGUGAUUUUGGCUGCUGGAACGAAGUACAGGCGAGGUGUCGAGUGUUUGUGGAGAGAGACUCCUGAUUCAGGUUUAGUCAAUAACUCAAACACACACAAACUCUUCGACUAUGAGGUCCUGCUGCUGAAGCGGAGCGGGAGAAGCGGCUUCAUGCCGAACGCCUACGUGUUCCCAGGCGGGUUAGCGGAUCCGUCCGACUUCUCCAGCGACUGGUUAGAAGUGUUUAAAUCGUUUCGUCACUUGCCGAGGUUCGGCUUGGCUCCAGUGAAGCAGCCGAUGGAGACGCGACCGCCGAUCUUCGCGACUGACCGGAGCCGGCUCGGGUCUCCCAUCCCGGGGGACGUGGCGUUCAGGAUCUGCGCACUCAGAGAGACGUUCGAGGAGUCAGGGGUCCUGUUGGUUGUCCCCGGUGAUCAGGCAGACGCCGGUUGUCAUGGUGACGCUCCGCUUACAGCACUGUCUGACCGGUGGGACAAAAGUCUGAUCGCUCAAUGGAGAGCAAAAGUCCUGGAGAGCUCGGAGAAUUUUAUCCAGAUGUGUAGAGAGCUCGAGUGUUUACCUAACAUCUGGGCUCUGUACGAGUGGGGUAACUGGCUCACACCCGUCUUCGGAUCUGUGCAGCAGAGGAGGUACGACACCGCCUUCUACAUGUGCUGCUUACAGGAGAUCCCUGACACACUGCAGGACCAGCAGGAGAUCCAGCUGUGCAAGGUGACAUCUUGGUCUACACCGACUGACAUACUGCACAGCUUCCGAGAAAAAAAAGUUUGGGUCGCAACACCACAGUUAUACGAUCUUGGUAGAAUGAGCAAUUUUCCUUCUCUAAGCGACCUUCAUGAGUUUACCAAACAGAGAUCGACAGAAGGCUGUGAGCGCUGCCUGCCUGUUAUCCUGAAAGCUCCUGACUGCACCAUAUCACUCUUUUCAGGUGACAGUUUGUACCCUGAGAAACCUGAUAGCAAUUUGUCUACAGAGAAGUGUUUGGAAGAGCUGCAGAAGGACAGUCCCAAUCUGCAUCGCAUCGUGUAUCACAGUCCUUACAAUGGCUCAGUCUUUAUGAACAUCACACCUAAAUACAAGCAUCUAUCUCCACUUACCGUUUCAGAGUCCAGGCGUCAUGACAACAAGCUCUAACAGUGCUUUUAGGGUACAACAAUUUGCCUAAAUUAGGUCCCUCAUCGCCUUACAUAUAGAAAAAAUGUGGUUUUAUAUUGCAAAAAAUAUGUAACAUUUAAAGUUGAUUGAUACAUCUUCUCAGUCAGGCUAGCUGGCCCUUGGAGCGCGUGCAGUAGAAUUUGUGUAUGUGGCUCGAGGAAGAUUAAUCAUAAAGAUUACUACAUUAUAUAGAGUACUGCAGGAGACUGGUGUUGUCACACAACUCUAAUAUAGAAAAAAUAACUACCCAUGCUACAGGUCUAGUAGGUGUAAUGGGUUUGUGAAAAUGUGCGAUUCCCUGUGAUGGACUGAUUUUUGCAUGGUGUAUUCUCAUCUUACACCCUAUAGUACUGCAUAGGUGCUGUACUCUCCAUGACCCUGACAAGGGUAAAGCAGUUACAGCACAUGAAUGUACAAAAAUAAUCUACACAUAUAAUAAAACUGUAAAAAGUUGGUGUGUUUGAACAUUAUUUGUGGUA